AUGCCAGUGGUUCUUUCUGAAGAUGAAGAAGAUAAUAACGAUUUGGAUGCUACAAGUAUGUGCUGUGAAGAACAUAGAGUGGAAACGUUUGCUAGUUGGCCACACGUGACUCCAACUCCUAGAGCUAUGGCCCGAGCUGGAUUUUACUUCAUGCAACAACUAACUACGGAUGCAGUGAGAUGUAUCAUAUGUAAAGGAAUUCUCAAGUUGUGGUGUACUACAGAUGAUCCAGUAGUGGAACAUGCUAAACAUUUUCCCGAUUGUGUGUAUAUCAACGAAUUGUGCAGAGGACAAGACGUAUGUGGAUUAUAUGACGAUUUUGGGAUAGUAUCUAUUGUUGGAACUCCAAUAUAUCCACAAUACUCCACACUGGACUCAAGAUUGAAAACGUUUAGCAAGUACAAAUGGAAUAAUAUCAAAUCUCCUUUGGAACUUGCACAUGCGGGUUUCCUAUUCACUGGUUAUAAGGACCUGGUGAAGUGUUAUUUUUGUGGCGGUGCUUUGUGCGAUUGGAAAGUAGAAGAUAUUGCAUGGAAAGAACAUGCUAAAUGGCUACCCCUCUGCAACUUUAUGUUAAAGAUAAAGGGAUACAAGUAUGUUAAUAAAUGCCGAAAUGGUGAUGUAGCAACCAACGAUGAAGAAGAAGGAGGAGAAGGACGAAAUUGGAGGAGAGUACAGGCACCAAUCAUUCCACCGCCAAGCAACCGUUCUGCUAUUAUUGAUUAUGAAUCAGAAUCAAUAAUGUGGAUGGAAUCACGUCUUAUUAAUGAAUAUAUCGAGAUAAUGGAAUUGUCAAAAAGUCAAGUAAACACUACCUUGAUGGCUACUAUGCAAUUGCAAAAUAGCGGUUUCGCAACUAUCAAGGAUGCUUUUGAAGUUGUGGUACAAUUUCAUCAUGACAUCAUUAACAACAGAAAGGAGGAUGGUGAUGGAGACGAAGAGGAAAAGAAAUGCAAAUUGCAGUGUAAAGUGUGCAUGGAAAAUGAAGCAAACAUGGCAAUUCUACCUUGCGGACAUCUGUCUACGUGUAUACGAUGCAUCUCCAACUUAUCCAACUGCCCAAUAUGCCGUAACACCAUCAAGGGCAUCAUCAAAGUCUUUUUAUCGUAA